AACCAGUUCGUGUUCGAACGUACAUAGGUGAACAUCUGGAGCGCGCUACCGUCGCUGUCACCGUCGCCGUCGCUGUCGCUGUCGCUGACUCCGUUUCGUUUUUUGCGUAUGCGUUUUGCGUUUGCGUGCAGCUGAAAUUUGUAUCUGUAUCUGUGCCAGUGGCUGUUCAUCUGUAUCUGUAGCAGUAGCUGUAGCUGUAGCUGUAGCCGUGUGUAGCCGUGCGUCUGUCUGUGUCUGUGUGCGGAUAAGCGUUGCAAUUGUUAUGGUUAUGUUUAUGUCGGUAUUGUUGUCGUCGUCGUCGUCGUCGCCAGUCGCUGCUACGCUCAAUAAUCCCAAUGUUGAUUCUGGUCUGUCGCUCGGUCGCUCGCCCGCCCGCACCUUCAUUGUGUUCAACUGAGUCUCGUGUUUAGAAUUUUGUUUAUGCGUGUGUUAACCAACGGUAAAAUUGUCACAUUGAACAGCUAACUCGAAGAGGUGAACUGAAGCACGAAUUGAUGCGCAAAGACAACAGCAGUGCUAUCUACAUAAACAAUUAAGUUUAAUACCAAUAAUUAUAAACAACAUAAUAAUAAAACAAAACAACUCAAUAAACGAAUACAAAUCUUAACGAAGCUUCAACUUGAGCUGCUCUUUGGCAAUGGCCGCCUAUACACAAUUUGGAUACGGCGGUUUUCCGUCGGCCUCACAGCUCCUGCCGCCGAAUGUGACGCAGACACCUGAAGAUGUCUCGGCGAACGUGAAUGCAUCUUCAUUGGUGAUGACAAACGCGCCGGCUCUGAGCCCCACGGGUGGUGCCGACUGCCAGGCGAGCCAGCAGCAGUCGGGUGGUGGUGGCGGAGGCGGAGGCGGUGGUCCUGGGUCUGGCACUGGAGCUGGAGGAGGAGGAGGAGGAGGAGGAGGAGGCGAUGCCUCAACGGGCGCUCUAAGUCCCGAUGCGCUUUCGCAGAACUCAAAUGCGGCCACGGGAUCAGCUGUGGCUGGCGCUGUCGCUGGCCCCGAUGCGAUCACCGGUGGCUCCCUGGACAGCAGCGCUGUGGGCACAACGCCUACAACGGGCAGCUCCUGCUGCGAGAACGGCCGUCCCAUUAUGACCGAUCCGGUCUCUGGCCAGACGGUCUGCUCCUGUCAGUACGACUCAGCACGGCUGGCGCUAUCCAGCUAUUCGCGCCUGCCGGCGGCCAGCGUCGGGGUCUAUGGCUCGCCAUAUCCAUCGACGGAUCAGAACCCCUACCAGAGCAUCGGCGUAGACAGCUCCGCCUUCUACUCGCCGCUGAGCAAUCCCUAUGGCUUAAAGGACUCGGCACCUGGCACUGAAAUGGGCGCCUGGACCUCGGCUGGACUGCAGCCCACAACGGGCUAUUACUCCUACGAUCCCAUGUCGGCAUAUGGCUAUGGCGCGAGCUACGAUUUGGCUGCACGCCGGAAGAAUGCCACACGCGAAUCGACGGCCACGCUGAAGGCGUGGCUGAACGAGCACAAGAAGAAUCCAUAUCCCACCAAGGGCGAGAAGAUCAUGCUGGCGAUCAUCACAAAGAUGACGCUGACUCAGGUCUCGACUUGGUUUGCGAACGCGCGUCGUCGCCUCAAGAAGGAGAACAAGAUGACCUGGGAGCCAAAGAAUCGCACGGAUGACGAUGACGAUGCGCUCGUGUCGGAUGAUGAGAAGGACAAGGAUGAUGUGGAGUCCACCAAGGACUCGCAUGGCGGCAGCUUGGCCAAAGAUGUGGCCAAGGAUGAGGAGGACCUCAUCGACGAGGACCAAAAGAGUCUGGGCCAGGCGAACAUUUUGCGUGCUGGCUUCGGCUAUCCAUCGGGUGGCUAUCAUGGCGGCAGCGGAAGCAGUCAUCCGGCUGCGUAUAAUCCGUAUCAUCAUCACCAUCAGCAUCCCGCCUACUAUCAGCCGCAACAGACGGUGCUGCCGGCUGCCUUCCAUGCGGGUGAGGGCGGCCUGGGCAUGGCCAGCAAGCACAGCGAGCAUAGCGAUCCAAAAAACCAGCUAGGCCGGGACUGUGGCGUGCCGAUUCCAGCUAUGAAGCCCAAAAUCUGGAGCUUGGCCGACACAGUUGCCUGCAAGACCCCGCCACCGGCAUGCAUGGGCCCCGGGCAAAUGAUGCCACAGCAGCAGCAGCAGCAGCAGCAGCAGUCUAUGCAGCGUCAUCUGCAUCCGCAGUCCCAACAGGAGGGCCAGGGCAUGGCUACCUCCCAGGUGCACCAGCACCAACAGCAGCAGCAGCAACAGCAGCAGCAGCAGCUGCAGAUGGAGCAACAGCCUCUGGCAAUGGGCAGCCACUUGUUCAACGGCACGCCCUAUGUCAGGGCGCAUACCACGGCCUACGGGGGUUUUCUAGGGGCUACGACGCAGCAGCUUCAUACUACGAGCACGAACAGUGCAGACCCGUACAGUCCCAGUGGCCUGCACAGCAGCAGCAGCUCCAACGGCACACAUACGCCUACCAUCCCUACUACGGCAAACCCAAGUCCGAGCGAGGCCAUGAGAUUGGGCCUGGGGCUGGGGCUGGGCCUGGCCGAGUCGCCGGGAUCGGGGCCCUACCCAGCGGUGCGUCAGUCGCAGCCAUCUCAGUCCACAGCGAGUCAGCGGGCGAUGGCGAUGGGGUUUCCCGAAGCCCAACCCGAUACUCCACCCCAAACUCCGCCGAAUAUGAAGGUGCUGAGCGGAGCUUUGAGCCUGCUGCCUACCGCUUCGCAAAUCCCUAUGACCGCUACCUGUCGCAGCAGUAAUGCAGCCUACAGCAAUCCCGGCUGCGGCUAUCCCAUGAAUUUCUCCACGCGCCUCAACGACUACGAAUACCCUGCCAGCCACAACAGGGACGACUACAGCAGCGGCAACAGCAGCGCCAGCAGCAGCUCCUCCUCGCCCCAUCUGCAGCGGACGGCGGACAAUAUGUUCAAGCCGCUCUUCAAGAGCCUGACGUCCGUCUAGACAGUGGGACUGAAGAUCUUAUGUAUUUGCAAUAUCGUAUAUACACACAAGCGCACACACACACACACAUGUAUAUAACAUAAUUUAGAUUUCUGGGCUCGUGCAACAACGUAAUUUGAUUGUGUAAUAUUUAACAGUUAAUAUAUAUAAACACACGCAUAUACACAAAUAUAUAUACCACAUUGGUACAUAAGUACCAAAAGUACUAAAACUUAAUAACUAUAAUAAUAAUAAUAAUGAAUAUAUUAUUAAUGAAAAGCCGUGCAUUGUCUUAAACUAUAUCUGAUGUAAGCAUUAUAAUAGGUUCAGCUUCUUUUAUAAACCGCAUUGUAAUUGUAUACAGGCACAUUUAAACACUUAGCAUUAAGAUUAUAAACUGUGAUAAAUUUUACAUUGUUUAACAGACUUCAAAUUUAAAGAAAACAAAAAAGGAUAAAAAAAGAAAAUGCAAAUAAAUAAUAGUUCAAUA